GUCGCGGGAGCGGAAUGAGAUAGUCGCGUCGCCGCGGCGGCAAAGAGGUGCUCUUAUGUACGGGUGGCAUUCCUGCCAAAGCAGGCAAAAACUCGCCGCUUCUUCGACCACGCGAUUUUGUAAAACGCCAUGCCUCUGCGCAGCGAGACGAACCCUGGCUUGCUUGCGACGUCCCCUUGCCUUCUUCCAUCCUCGUGCAGCCGUUCUUACCAGUUCGAAGAGUGCUCAUACCAAGCAGCGUUGAUUACCGCCGUCGAAACAUGCUUGUCAUCGUGUCAAUGCUCCAAUAAGCUGUCGCUAGCCUUUCCUGAUGUUCUCUGCACUAUUCGUCAGACCUCCAUCACCCAACUCAGUCCCUCGUCUCCCCAGCUACCGUUCAACCUACGGGCACAGGACUCACUGCAGGCAAGGAGGAAAUGGCCAUAUAUUGAGGUGGAUCCGGCUGCUUCGUUGACGGCACAAACAUAAAUCGUACAGCUGGAAGCUCGACCCCGACGCCCAGAAUUACGAGCAAUCUGGAGACUUCACCAGCAGUUGUGGCUGCGAGCAGUCGCUAUGUCGUUGCCGUCCAUAGGCAAACUUGGUGGCUCCUCUCUCGAGCGGUGGAACUGUCGGCGGCGCUGGAGACAAGCCGGAAGGCGAUAUUUCGGCCAUGGAUUUGGAUGUGUUUUACGUUGCUGGUCGCCAGAACCGUCAGCACCGGGGCAAUUGAGGAACUGU